UAUGAAUCUGUCCCUUUGUUUGGAUUUGAAAACUUGAUUGAUCCAAUCCAUCGAUCUCUGAGUAGCGAUCUCGAUUUCACAGUUCUUCUCCGGUAGAGGAUUUGACGAUGAUGAAGAUGCAAAGAUGUGUGGUGACGUUACUGGUGGCUCUCUGUGUGGUUGAAUUUGGAUUCGCUUCUUCUCCUAACACCGUUCCUGCUUUCCUCUGGUCUCCUCAUCUCCAGGUUGGUAAUGGAGAAUUGGAUCAGGCUGUGAAUUAUGAGGUCAUGUCUGCGAAGGAUCUAGUAGGUUCUGUAUUCACUCAUGGAGGAUGGUCAAACUUUCUGUGCUCGGAGAAGAAAGUUGAGCAACCUGUUGAUGUUGCACUUGUGUUCAUUGGCAGAGAGUUACUUUCUUCUGAUGUUUCUUCCAAAAGGAACUCUGACCUUUCCCUUGUUAACACAUUGAGUAGUCUAUUUACAGCUUCCAACUUUUCGUUGGCAUUCCCAUACAUUUCUGCGCCAGAGGAAGAAAGGAUGGAGAAUUUGUUGCUUUCAGGGCUUAAACAAGCUUGCCCUCACAAUGUAGGAGUCAGCAAUAUUGUUUUCUCUGAUUCUUGCUUUGUUGAGGAUGGAACGAUUCAGAAACUAUCAGACUUGCAGUCUUUCAAAGAUCAUUUGCUUGCUAGAAGAGAAACAAGGAAAGAAGGAGAAACCGACUUGGUUGUGCUCUGUUCUGAGGGUUCUGAAUCAUCUGGACGGUCACAUUCAGAGCGUGAAAGUAUCUCCGAACUUGUUAGUUCUGUAGAAAAAUCUGGCAGUAAAUAUGCAGCUCUUUAUGUUUCUGAUCCUUACUGGUACACAUCUUACAAAACCCUCCAAAGGUUUCUAGCUGAAAGUGCUACCGGAAACAGCAGCUCUGUUGGUGUUUCCACAACCUGUGAUGAACUCUGCAAAUUCAAGUCAUCACUUUUGGAAGGCAUACUAGUGGGAAUCGUUUUCCUUCUCAUCUUGAUCAGUGGACUUUGUUGUAUGGCGGGUAUCGAUACACCAACUAGAUUCGAGACUCCUCAAGAUUCUUGA